AUGGUCUUGAGUACUCCAGGUAUGAGUCGAGGGAUGUGGAGCUCAGACGCUUACUAAGUCCGCGUAGCUCAACAUUCGAGCCCGCUGAUCACGUGCAGCCAUGUGAACGCCCGCCGCGCAUGCUUCAAAGUUUGAGCCCGUUUUCAUGGCAAAGCAGUACUAUCCCAUGAUAUGCAGCUCUUAACACUGCAUGACACUGCAUACUACAAUAUUUUACAGGCCGAAAUGAUCCACCAUUCCCUCGCUUCGCCGGAACCCAUCGAUCAGGAUGAAGAGACCUCUUAGCUGCUCUCUGCAACUACCGUAGGAACCCAACUUACGGCGCAGGAUACAAGUUGCGGAUUUGAAGACUGAACACAGUCUCGCCUUUCACAUGAUGGCUUUGCAACAGCGAGGCAAUAGCAGGAAAUGGCAGAGGUUUGGUCAUAGGGGUUCUUAGAUCCCCAUGGAGCAAACUGGAGUGGCCCAUCAGCACUACUGUUGGGAAAAGGCUGGCUGUUGAGAUACGUAACUUGAGGACACUUGAGCAUUCACAGCGGAAACAUGUGGAUCGUAAACCCUCGGCCACCACUCUGAAUGAUCCUCAGCAAAGGUAGCACUGCAAGUGAGGCACCCAGGAGGGACGGUGGGCGGCAGACGACAGAAGAUGGGCGACGGCGGUGGGCGGCAGACGACAGAAGAUGGGCGACGGCGGGGUACUCGAUGUCAGACAGUGCUUGUGUGGCACCCACUCACUGAAGGCUCCCUGAACCAUCAUUUGCUGCUGCGCUGCAACGGGCAGCGAGCUUCCCCACGUCGCCUUUUGCAGUUGAUGUCAUUCCCCUGUCGAGUAACAAUUUCGCCGUAGAAAGGCCAUUCGCCCAUAACAUCCCGCAAGCCUGGUACCAGGUAAAAGCCUCGAAUGCUCAACUGUUCCAACGAAAGGUGGUCCGUUACCUAUACACGAUAACUACUUUGCUCGUCUGUAACUAAGGUCUUCCUUUGCCAUUUCUUUUCGAUUGGUAACCUCGAGCUCUCGCCCAACUUCACAAGGACCGUCUACCAUCUCCCAUCCGCAGGGCUCCGUUGACUUCACAGCUCAACCCGGACCUCUGCCCGUAAUGGCACUGAACCAGAGUUCUGGGAACUCUGUGCUAGCACAGCCUUCCAACCAAGAGAUUGCCCCUGAUGGAACCGGAGUUGUCCAGCUCGAUCCCUGGCUUGAGCCUUACAAAGACGCCCUGAAACAUCGGUUUGCCAAAACCCAGGAAUGGAUCAAGAAGAUUGACGAGACUGAGGGGGGCUUGGAAAAGUUCUCACGAGGCUACGAGCAUCUGGGCUUCACUUUCGGUCCUGAUGGCACAAUCACGUAUCGCGAAUGGGCACCCAAUGCCGAGCAAGCCUUUCUUAUCGGCGACUUCAACAACUGGGACAGAAGUGCGACACCCAUGACGAAGAACCCGUUUGGUGUAUGGGAGGUAACGCUCCCCCCUAAAGACGGAGUUCCUGCGAUACCACACGACUCAAAAGUUAAAAUCUCCAUGAUAAUUCCCGGAGGAGAGCGGAUAGAAAGACUACCAGCUUGGAUCAAGCGAGUUACUCAGGAUCUGUCUGUCUCCCCCGUUUACGACGCCGUCUUGUGGAACCCUCCCGAAUCAGAGCGCUACGUGUUCAAGAACAAACGGCCACCGCAACCCAAGAGUGUUCGGGUAUACGAAGCUCAUGUCGGCAUCUCUUCUCCCGAGCUGAGAGUCGCAACCUACAAGGAGUUCACAAAGAAUAUGCUCCCAAGGAUCAAGAAUCUGGGGUACAAUGUCAUUCAACUGAUGGCCAUCAUGGAACACGCCUAUUAUGCUAGCUUUGGAUAUCAAGUCAACACCUUCUUUGCAGCCAGUUCUCGCUACGGCACCCCGGAGGAUCUGAAGGAGCUCAUUGACACCGCACACGGAAUGGGCCUCACCGUUCUUCUGGAUGUUGUGCACUCACACGCGAGCAAAAACACCUUGGAUGGUCUCAACAUGUUUGACGGUAGUGAUCACCUAUACUUUCACGAAGGUGCCAAGGGCCGGCAUGAGUUGUGGGAUUCCCGCCUGUUCAACUAUGGUCACCAUGAAGUUCUACGCUUCCUGUUGUCAAACCUCCGUUUCUGGAUGGAAGAAUACCAGUUCGAUGGCUUCCGGUUUGACGGCGUGACUUCCAUGCUUUACACUCACCACGGCAUAGGCACGGGUUUCUCAGGAGGUUACCACGAGUAUUUUGGUCCUUCUGUUGACGAAGAUGGCGUUGUGUAUUUGAUGCUGGCAAACGAGAUGCUCCAUGACCUAUAUCCCGAGUGCAUCACAGUUGCCGAAGAUGUCUCUGGGAUGCCUGCCCUGUGUCUGAAACUGUCUCUGGGUGGCGUGGGCUUCGAUUAUCGGCUUGCCAUGGCCAUUCCGGAUAUGUGGAUCAAGUUACUGAAAGAAAAAUCGGAUGAUGAAUGGGAUAUUGGAAACAUUUCCUUCACCCUGACCAACCGGCGGCACGGUGAAAAGACGAUUGCGUAUGCCGAGUCCCACGACCAGGCGCUGGUGGGGGAUAAGUCAUUGAUGAUGUGGCUGGCGGACGCUGAAAUGUACACCCACAUGUCCACGCUGACGGAGCUCACCCCCAAGAUUGAGCGAGCAAUGUCGCUUCAUAAGAUGAUUCGCCUGGUCGUCCACGGCCUUGGUGGCGAAGGGUACCUUAACUUCGAGGGGAAUGAGUUCGGCCAUCCGGAAUGGCUCGAUUUUCCUCGCGCAGGAAACGACAACUCCUUCUGGUACGCCCGGAGGCAGUUCAAUUUGACCGAGGACCAUCUGCUCCGAUACAAGUUCCUGAACGAAUUCGACCGCACAAUGCAGUGGACGGAGGAGAAGUAUGGCUGGCUUCAUUCACCGCAGGCAUACGUCUCGCUGAAGCAUGAAGGCGACAAGGUCCUUGUGUUUGAGCGGGCCGGACUGCUCUGGAUUUUCAACUUCCAUCCCACCAACUCGUUUGCGGACUAUCGUGUAGGCGUGGAACAGGCGGGCGUGUACAGGAUUGUCAUUGACACAGAUGCACCGGAGCACGGUGGCUUUGGCAGAAAUGCAAAGGACACAAGGUUCUUCACCACGGACUUCCCCUGGAAUAACCGGAAGAACUACACCCAGGUGUAUAUUCCAGCGCGGACGGCUUUGGUAUUGGCUCUGGAGGAGACGCUUUAAGGAAGCAGUGGCUAGGAACGAAUUCCCCUUUUCAGCCUCGGGAUCCUCUUAAGAUCUCCUGGUUAAAGGCGCUUCCCCAAAAACUCAAUCGGCAUGCGACAGAUAUGAAAGCGCAAUAGUAGACAAAAUGGCAUAAACUGUUUUUCGUUUGCAAAGUCCUGUGGCUUCUAGCAUACCUGAAGUGCGUUGAGACAGGGUUGUAAACCUACGGGUCACUUAUGUCCAAAGGAACGUACGUUAGUUUUGCCGCAAGUUAUAGCCACAAUAAUAGGGACAUCAGCUACCUAUGUUAGAGGGGAGUGAGGGCUUAUUGCCGUAUGAUUCAUCAGACUUUUCAUCCGCCUUGUCCGUAGAGUGGAGGGUAUCAAUAUUGGGCAUUUCAAAAGAGCCGUUGCCUGUCGUUACUUUUUGUGGUAUGUGGUGGAUAUCGAGGAUGGGCAGCAAUUGGCAUUUUCUCCCAUCCGCCCUCGCGGGUCCAUCCAACGUGCUGUUUCACUGAGGUUUGGGCAAAUGUCUGCGAUCAUUCCACUCAUCGCGGCAGACCCUCAUGGCGAGUCCGGGCAUGAUAUCCUGCUCUUUGUCUCUGCCUCGGCCCCAUUUGGCCUUGCCCAGCAACCAGUCAGUCAAGGUGACCACCUUGCUCGUCUUAUCGAAGCCAUUGUUCUCGUCGGCGUGUUCGAUAGUAUGGCUAGCGAUGCGGCCCUUGGAAUCGAAAGUAAAUAUGAAGAGGCCUGUGAACUCGUCGCCAUUGUUCAGAUUGAGAAUUGGUUUAUCACCACCAAGAAGCUUUGACAGGCCGCGGUUGAUCCCGCCUUGCGAGAGUGCAUUGGAGUCGGCGGCGCUCGAGGCUCCCGCGUCUGAGGAUGGGUUUUCAGUUCCAUUCUGUUUGGGCUCGGUUUUCCAGCGCACCACGAGCUUCUCCUCCAUCAGAUCUGAGGCUUGGUCAUCAGGUAUUGCAUAUCUCAACCCAGUACGCACGAUCUUCUCGGAGAUGAUCUUGAGCUUGACAUUGCCUAGGAUCGGCAAGGAGCCCCACGCCACUGGAGCUGUCCAUAGUGCAGCGCGGUAUGCAACGCGGCCCUUGACUGCGGGAAGGUGAGGAUGGGUGGAAGGAAAAAGGUGUAAUGAAAUGUCGGGCGAGAGUAUUUCAUGGGGGAGUGGAGUGGUGAGGAUAUCGGGUAGUAGAGGAGACAGCGUUCUCAAUGCUGAAAGGCAGUCAGUACUGGUCUCUUCAAAGGGAUUGCAAGGCUAGAUUCGGAC